AUGGAUAUUCAUUGCGUUCUUGUUGCUGCCUGGAAUGAGAAUUUCAGCUCGCAAGUUCUUUCUUUCUGGAAGGCAGGAAUCAUCAAUUUACUUUGGAAGAUAUGGGAUUGCCGCAACAAUAUCAUCUUCAAGGAGAUGAAUUUUCAUCAACGGAUCGUUACGGGAUUUCUUAAAGUUAUGUUUAAGGAAAUGGAUUUGAACUUUUCAAAGCUCGGCAACACAAACAACUCUUGGUCGGAUUAUCUUGCUAUGCGUAGUAUUGGUAUGGCGACAAGGGCGGCUCCUCCUCCCACCAUGAUUGAGGUUCACUGGUGGCCGCCCGUAGGACAAUGGAUAAAAGUAAAUACUGAUGGUUCGGCGUUGGGAGCGCCGGGAAAUAUCGCAGCUGGUGGCGUCUAUCGCAAUAAUUGGGAUUGGGUCCGCGGCUGCUUCCACUACAAAUGUGGUGUUGGCUUUGCCUUUAAAGCGGAGCUCUUGGCGGUUGAUCACUAA